GUGGGGGCGCGCGCGGGGUGUGUGUGCGCCGUUCGGUCACGUCAGGCGCGCGUGGUGCGGGCGUAAGCGCGCGCGGUGGUUACGCAGCCGCCCGGAGCGGGGGCGGUAGGGAACGGAGAGGAGAGGAGAGGAGAGGAGAGGCCGCCAUGGAGGCGAAGCCGGCGGAUCCCCUGCUGUGUGACAGCCUCAUCCUCUGGUUGCAGACGUUCCACACCGCUGCACCUUGCAGAGAUGUUCAGGACUUGACUAAUGGGGUGGCCAUGGCCCAGGUACUGCACCAAAUAGAUGGUGCUUGGUUUGAUGCAUCUUGGUUAAAUCGCAUUAAAGAUGAUGUUGGUGACAACUGGAGAAUAAAGUCCAGUAAUCUGAAGAAGAUACUGCAAGGAAUUAUGAACUACUAUCAUGAGUUCUUGGGUCAGCAGAUUUCAGAAGAACUUGUUCCAGACUUAAACCGGAUCUCUGAGAACUCGGAUCCCACUGAGCUGGGCAGGCUUCUGCAGCUGAUUUUAGGCUGUGCAGUCAACUGUGAAAGGAAACAAGAGCACAUACAGAAUAUCAUGACCCUUGAAGAGUCUGUUCAGCAUGUUGUCAUGACUGCCAUUCAAGAGCUUAUGAGCAAGGAAGUAGCAGGACCUUCUACGAGUGAUGCAUCAAGUGAUGUGGAACAGCAGCUUAAGAAAGCUUUGGAAGAUCUUGAGGAAGCACUAUCAGAAAAAGAAGAGUUGGCACAAAGAUGUCAAGAGCUAGAUUUACAGGUGGCUGCCCUUCAGGAUGAAAAAAACAGCCUGAUGUCAGAAAAUGAGAUUAUGAAUGACAGGUUAGAGCAAUUAGAUGACUCUCUUGAUGAUCCAAACACUGUGGUCGCCAAAAAGUAUUUUCAUGCACAGUUGCAGCUGGAACAACUGCAGGAAGAAAACUUCAGGCUUGAAGCUGCAAAAGAUGAUUAUCGUGUCCAUUGUGAAGACCUGGAAAAACAAUUGAUUGAGCUCCAGCACAGAAACAAUGAAUUAACCUCUCUGGCAGAAGAAUCUAGAGCCUUGAAAGAUGAAAAUGAUAUUCUUAGGGCCACUGCAGACAAGGCCAGUAAGCUGGAAUCCACUGUGGAAGUCUAUAGGAAGAAGCUGCAGGACCUGAAUGACUUCCGCAGGCAGGUGAAAUCCCUGCAGGAAACCAACAUGAUGUACAUGCACAACACAGUCAGUCUGGAAGAUGAACUGAAGAAAGCCAAUGCAGCACGUGCCCAGCUAGAAACCUACAAAAAACAGGUCCAGGAGCUUCAUAACAAACUGUCUGAAGAAUCCAAAAGAGCUGAUAAGCUUGCAUUUGAAAUGAAGCGUCUUGAAGAAAAACAUGAAGCUUUAAUCAAAGAAAAAGAGAGACUGAUAGUUCAGUGUGAUGCAUUAAAAGAGACAAAUGAAGAGCUCCGGUAUUCACAGAUGCAGCAGGAUCACCUGAGUCAAACAGGUGCAUCUCGUGAUAAAAGCCAUGAGAAUCUUGCUGCUGAAAUUCUGCCAGUGGAAUACAGAGAAAUGUUUAUCCGGCUGCAGCAUGAGAAUAAGAUGCUUCUGUUACAGCAGGAGGGAUCAGAAAAUGAACGGAUUGCAAACCUCCAGGAACAGCUGGAGCAAAAGCAUCGGGCAGUGAACGAACUAGAAACUGAGAAAAGGCUAAAUGAGGAACGUAUUGGGGAGUUACAGCAGCAGAUUGAAGAUCUGCAGAAGACUUUACAGGAGCAGGGAUCCAAGACUGAAGGAUCUAGCAACCUGAAGCAGAAGUUGGCAGCACAUAUGGAAAAGCUGAAUGAAGUUCAUGAUGAGUUACAGAAGAAAGAGGCUGAUCUUGCAGAACUCCAGCCUGAUGUUAGUCAGAACCCCCAGAAGAUUGGAGAGCUGGAAGCAGCUUUGAGAAAAAAAGAUGAGGAUAUGAAAGCAAUGGAGGAAAGAUAUAAAAUGUACCUUGAGAAGGCAAGAAAUGUGAUCAAAACUUUAGACCCCAAGCUAAAUCCAGCAUCAGCAGAAAUUAUGUCGCUCAGGAAACAGUUAAUGGAGAAAGACAAAAAAAUUGAAGCACUUGAGGAUGAAUACAAACUCGCUAAGUUACGUGAUUAUGAGGAGAAGCUAAUUGUAACUGCUUGGUAUAACAAGAGCCUGACUCUUCAGAAGCUGGGCAUGGAAGCAAGGCUGGUUGGCAGCAGUGGUGCCUGCAAAGAUGGCCCCGGACGCUCGUUCCUGGCGCAGCAGCGUCACGUCACCAGCACCAGGAGGAACCUCACUGUCAAAGUACCUGGUGCAACAUCUGAGUAAAGCACAAGGACCAUGAGGAAAACCUACAUGCUAAAGUGUCCUUAAAUGUUUUACAGCUUCCACUUUAACUACUUCAUGAAAGAGGAGGUUAGAAUGGUGGGCAACUGUGAAUUCAACAUCAGAACCUAGCCAGAAGUUGUUGUUGGUCAGAGGUGCAUCUAGCAGUAGCACGUAGUUUUCCAAGUAGAAGUAGAUUUAAUAAGUGCAGUAUGUAUUUAUAAGCACAACUGAAAAGAUUUAUAUUUCCUUUCAGAAUAUAUUGUAAAUAGAAAAAUUGGCAUUCUAUAUUUAAAAACUAUUUAAUGGGCUUGGGCUAGAAAGUCGACUUUUAUAGUGGGAAGAUAUUAUGCAAAAAUGUACUUCAGGAAACUGGCAAUAUUGGGCAUUUUUCUGGGUUCUUCUAGAAAUACAUUCAAAAGAUUGGUACCAUGUUUUAAAAAGAUACUUUUUCAAACUAUGAAGUACAAUUUUAAAAGCAAGAAGAUAUUUGCAUUUAUAGAAAAGGAAAAAAAAGUUGUAGUACCAGUGGACUUGUUCUGCAAGAGAAGACAGGAUUUUUUUUGUCAUGUCAAGGGAGAAGCAGAAUUGCUCAGUUUAUUUAAAAAAAGAUAAGGUUUUGAGUAUAUACAUUAAGGAAAACCUGUCUUUAAGAUGUUGAAUUCAGUAAAGCCAAAUAAGCUGUCUUUUCCCAUGUCAGAAAAAAAGCUAUAAUAAUAGUUCAAAAGUCUGGGCUAUGUUUUAAAAGUCUGGCAUAUUGGUACACUGCAUUUAUAGAUGGGAAGGGAUGUAGGUGGGAAGGAGCUCCGUUUAUUUCCAGCUAUUUAUAAAACCCUCUGCACAGAAAUUAAUUUUCUUCUUUUUUAAAACAUAGUUUCAUUUCAGUUUUUCCAAGUUAACCAUGCUAGGCAAAUGAAUGAAAGAUAGCUGUGCUAGUUGUUGGCAAGAAGUUCAUAAACUAAUAGUAGUUUUGUAGUGUCUAGAUUGAACAAGAUGAAAUGGGGAUACCUGAAAUUGAUGUGAUGGAAGUUGCUAUCUUUCUCAACAUCUGUAUCACUUUAUUUACCAAAUGUCUUACUUUUGUAGUGAACCCCCAACUUGUUAAUGUUCAUUCUUCCUUGCAAACUGCCUAGAAUGAAUUCAGGAUACCCAUAAAAUUGCAGCAGCCCUUAAGGUAAAAUUAAUACACUUAAACUAAGUAUUUGAAGGUGCUGUACCAGUCUGUGAUCUAAUAUAAAAUUCAGCCAUAUGUUUGGAUGAAAGCAUAUGUCUGUCUUUACCAUAAAGACCAUCUUUGAUUUCAGAGCAGGGUUCAGCUUUGCAGAAUUAUGCAGUCUGGAAUUAUGCAAUUUGAGAAGUUUUCCAUUUUCAUGCCCCUCAAGAUGUUUUGUUCUUUGAUUUCUUCCUUCCCCUGCAUCUUAAAUUCUUUGUUGGGCAUUGCAAGGAAUGCUAGAGAAAAGGGAAGUAUUCAUCUUUAAUACUUAGUGUUGCUUCAUGUUGUGGUGGUGGUUUUACAGUGCUAUACAUUUAGGCAUUCAACAGAGAUUGCCAAAAUUUUUGUCUACACAAGGCAUUGUUUAAAAGACAGUUAUCAUGCUAAAUGGGGUAUGAGCAGAGAAUAUGUCAGACAAAACUGUCUGUCAGGUUGUGUUCUUCAGGAUUCUAUGCUUCUUUGUACUACCUCUUGGGUUUUGAAGUCUUUUAUUGCUGCAGUGAUAUUAUUAGGGUUUGUAUUUUUAAGAUAAUAUUGCUUGUGUAACCUGCUAGUGGUGUGGGAGGUGGUGGUGAGCAGUGGAACAGGAGAUGAAGUCUUAGCAGGACUUACAUUUCUGAAGCCUGGUACUUAGGUGUGUUCUAGUGAAAUGUGAAACUGUCACUGAUGGUGUUGGAUGGGUCUCUUAACUCUUGUUCUUUACAGCAUGGAAACUUUCAUGGACGUCUUUCAAAUACUCAUCUAGUUUAUAGGCUUGAUGCAUUUGUUGUACUUUGCACAGUAGUAGAGCAGUGUCAGUAGUCCUAUCAGGUGCUGAGUAGUGAAAAGCUUGGAGCAAAUGUCUGUGACGUGCACUUCUCAAAACUGCAGACCCUGGGACCAAAAAUGACCAAGAACCUCCCUAUCAUUUAACUGGAAGUUUGUCUUCUGACUGGUAAUGGAGGAGCUUAAA